AUGAACGUUCCUAGCUUACUAUUCGCCAACAAGACCAUCGCUAUCUCCGGUGCUGCAUCCGGGUUAGGACUGGCAGCCGCAUCUCUGCUGGCCAAUCGAGGUCUUAAGAAGUUGUCCCUCGCAGACCUCGACGCAGAAGGGCUCAGCAAGGCUGCCGCCACCAUCACUAGAGCACACCCCGAGUGCAAUGUGUUGACCACUGUCAUUGACGUCCGCAGACUGGGAGACACGCGCAAUUGGAUGCAGCGGACCAUGCAGCGCUUUCAAGCUCUGGACGGGGCCUUGAAUUCGGCCGGUGUCUUGAGAUAUAGCACUCUAGCUGAAACUACUUCGGACGAAUGGAACUUCGUUCUCGGCGUGAAUCUGACCGGGACCUUCAAUUGCAUGAAAGCCGAGUUAGAGGUAUUGAGCGAUGCUGGCAGCAUUGUGAACGUAGCCAGCCUCGCAGGCCUCCAAGGCCAUCCGAUGACCUCAGCGUACACAGCAAGCAAACACGGCGUGGUAGGCAUUACCAAGGCCGUCUCCCAAGAAGUCGGGGAUAGGAAGAUCCGGAUCAAUGCUCUAUGCCCCGGUAUCGUAGACACGCCAAUGACGGCCAGAUUUCCUGACAUUCCUCAGAAUUUGGCAAUCAAGAGGAAGGCCACGGCCGAGGAAAUUAGCUAUCUGAUCAGUUAUCUCUUAAGUGAUGAAAGCAUGUUUGUGACAGGCGCAACUAUGAGCAUUGAUGGCGGCUUUCACUGA